GUAGGGUAUUCAAAGAUCGGUCUGUGUUCAAUUUGUGCUUUUAAGUUCUACAGCAGCGGCCUCUAGCGAUCCACCUGAAAAGUGUCUGGGGUUAUCUACUAAUGAUGGCUCUAUCAGCACCAAGGACUUACGUUGGUUUAGCUCUUUUCAUUGCCAUCCUGUUCAUUGCAAGUCCAGUGGUAGGAGGAAAGAAAAGAAAGAAAUACCCGCGAUGCGAUGCUAUGGUAUAUCCUAAUGUUGACUGCACCAGCUGCACGUACCAUGGAGCUGCUGUACCACCGGCUGCAACGUACAGGAAGCAGACCAUCUGCACCUGCGUAUGCGAUUUUGGCUGUGUGAGAUUCAGAGGCAAAGCAGUGAGGGACUGUAAAAUCAGGCCUAAGCGUUGGAGGCCCGCCCGCAAACUUAAGUGCAGAUGCAGGUCUUGUGGUCCACCGACUCUACCCCUCAACUACGCAUCAAGCAACUGCACCGGCGCCGGACCAUUUGAGAAAGGCACUAUCUGUACGUUCGCAUGUCCGGACGGCUACUAUGGCCCAGACAGGAGGCACUACUGUGAGGACAGAAAAUGGAGGCUUAUGGGGGGCGUAGAAGAGGGAUGCAUUCGAAAUGGAGGAUGGUCCGACUGGAUGGAUGGCGCAUGUAGCUUGCCCUGCGGCGGCGGCACCUAUACCCGUACCCGUACCUGUAACAACCCGGCACCCGAAGCAGGAGGCGCUGAGUGUACCCUGACGGACGGCGUGACAACGGGACUGACUGAGACCGUGGAAUCCGGAUGCAACGAGGACGCCUGCCCUACCUGAGAAGUGCCUACAAUGAUGCCGACAGAUGGACCUUGAAUGGUAUGACUGCUUGACUGACCAAAAGAGCAUAAAGAGGACGAGUGUCAUAUUCAACCAGAAGAAACCGUAGAACACUUUCCUUGAAGCUAAGAGUUAGCAAAAGUAUCUGUCGCUACUACGGAUGAACAGAUCAUCUAUUUGCAUUUUUUGUUUCGCGUCUUCAAAAUAUGAUUAGGGAGGUCUAUUUUAAUAGUUUAUAAGCAACACAUAACUACAUUAAUUAUAAAGCGAUGUAAUCGUAUUCUAGCAAUCUUUCCUUUCAUAUGAUAUGACGUUGUUUAAGUUAGAUGAGGAACAAAUAUCAUAGGGGUUAGUAACUUUGGAUCACUUUUAUUAUACUUCUAUAUCCUUGUUUACAAUCACAGUAAUUAUGAAUAUCAAGACAACUGACGGUGGUUCAAACUGCAAUGUUGUGAAAAUAUUGCAAUUUGAAACUACACAGUCCAUCUAUAUGAUAUUCCCCAACACCCUGUCUUUAGUAGAAACAAAUAUAGGUUCCCCACGGAUAAAGGUGAACUAGCUUUACUCGACAGUUAAUUGCUAGUUUGAAUUUUUGUGGAAAAAUGGGAGAAUACUUUCUAAAGUGAUUUAGCAGCUAAUGAUCAAUAGGUAUUAGUAUUAUCAUUUUACUUAUCGAUAAGUAUUUAUCAUCAUUUUAUUCCUUUAGAAAUGCUUGGGAUAACAUGGUCUACUCACGUGCACUCACAGUUCAUGUAGACAUAAUCAGGAAAAAAUAUCAGCUUUGCGUACUGAUAUUUUAACCUGUUGUAGACUCGAAAAUUUACAUCGACUA